AUGGAAGCGUGGAAUACAAACAACGACCCAAAGGUCAUUGCUGGUUAUUACAUCAGAUCAGUUCAAAAUAAAGAUGGAUGUCCAGAGCGAUUAAGAGCAGAUGCUGGAACUGAGAACGGUUACGUUAGACAAAUGCAGUCGUUUUUACGUGAAGAUCAUGUUGAUCGCUUUGCUGGAGUACGCAGUUUUAUGUAUGGACGAAGUACCGCAAACCAAAAGAUAGAAAGUUUUUGGUGUAUAUUUCGCAAAGAAGUAACAGCAUUUUGGAUGGAUUUGUUCAAACAGCUUCAGGACGAUAACUACUUCAUUGGCGAUUUCUUAGACAAGAAUUUAAUUCAAUUCUGCUUGAUGGAUUUAAUACAGGCCGAUAUUGAUUCCACAAUUACUGUAUGGAACUGUCAUCGAAUUCGACCGUCAAAGAUGACAGCGUUACCAUGUGGACGUCCAGCCUUGAUGUAUUCUAUCCCGGAAUUGUAUGGAGUUGAAGACGGUUUAAAGGCAGUUGAACAGGACAAAUUAGAAAUCUGCGAAUCAGAAUGUCGAAUGAAAGAUGAUAUUCCUUGUGACAAGGAUGUGUUUGACCUAUGCAAUCUACUUGUGAAUGAGAAUGAGUGGAACAUCCCUGUCGAUCCCUAUGAAAUGUGUGAUUUAUACAUACAAUUAAGAAAUCAGAUCAAGAAUAGUAUCUAGAUAAGUAACUUUUCUUUAGCUUUUUGGAUAAAUAUUAUAAACAUAUGCAGUGAAAGUGAUGUUUUCGGUAUUUGAAAUCAUUGAAUACUCUUAACGUGCUACUAUACAGCGACUGACUUGUGCGACCACGCAAUUUGUAGUACAUUUCUCAAAGUCAAUCUUUAAAGUAAAUUCUGCCUUGAAGUUAGGUUAGGACUAAAUAUCGACCAUUGAAUAUACAAUUGUAACUAAAGAUUUGAAUUGUAAUAAAAAAUUGCAUUGCA